UUUUAUAUUUGUAACUUAUACAGACACAUGCCUUCUCUCCUCCGCCACGUUUUAUCUAUUUUCUCUCUCUACAAUCAUACUCUUUCUCUCUCUCUCUCUCUAGAAUCAUCGACUAGAAAAUCCGAUUUUUUAGGGUUUCAUUUCGAUUUGGAUCUGCUGUUUGUUAUACUACCGUUACUCAGAGCCACCAAUUCAAUCUGAUAUACAUAUACAUAUACAAUUAUACAUACAUAAAUGAUGCAACGGCUCGUUGACAACUUCCUUGCUGUCACAAAAGAGUCUGUGAAAACGAUUAGUUACGAGUGGUUGAAUAUCAUUUUGAGGCUAAUAAAUGGAGUAUCAGCAAUGUUGUUGGCUAUAAUGCCUGGCAAGACUAAGAUGCUUGAAGGUAUUCAUGGUUGGGAGCUGAGACCAUCUUUUCGUGGACCCCGGCUUCCUCGUUGGAUGGAGAAUGGGGUGUCUUCCUUUAACCAGUUUGUUCAUGAACUCUCAAUGGACUCUGACUCAGCAUCAAGCGUAGAUUAUUCAUCUGGAGAAGAUGUAGAUUACGAUGAUGAUGACGACGGUGACAUAUCUCCUGCAUCUCCAUCAUCACAAGGUUCUAGAUUCUCCAGGGCAAGCAGCUACACAAAGCGUCGGAAGAACUGGGCCCACUUGGUUUUUUCCAUGUUUGUGUGGCUUCUGCUUCCUGCCAGGCUAAUACUCGGGAUACCAUUUUACUUGUAUAGCAUAUUUUUUGGUAGAGGCUCAAAGGGGCCCACUAGCAGCCCCGGAAGACUCCAGACUUCACAUGUCCAUGCUGGCAGAAAAGCACUGGAUCAUGUUGUUCAACUGGCUACAGAUAGAAGGCGUGGUGUUAUAGAGGAUCUACACCUUGGAAUGGAAAUUUUUAUUGAAACCAUAUUUGAUGGUAUUCACAAGAUAGCGGCUUGUUUUCUCUCUCCAAUUGAGUCUCUUAGGGCGUUAUUCAGGUGGUCUUCUGCUGAUGAUUCAAGUGCCUAUGUGGCUACAGCAACUCUGGCUGAAGACGACCCUACUCCGACAGAAAGGAAAACUAGAUUGAAUAGUUCGUUGAAUACAGAUGCUCGAACAUGUCAAGACGUCAUUACAGAGCUCGGGUAUCCGUAUGAAGCUAUCAGAGUGGUUACUAAUGAUGGAUAUGUUCUCCUUUUGGAACGGAUUCCGAGACGUGAUGCUAGAAAGGCGGUUUAUCUUCAACAUGGCGUAUUUGAUUCAUCUAUGGGAUGGGUGUCUAACGGAGUUGUCGGCUCUCCAGCUUUUGCAGCUUUUGAUCAAGGCUAUGAUGUGUUCCUGGGCAAUUUUCGUGGUCUAGUUUCAAGAGAACAUGUUAACAAAAAUAUAUCUUCACGAGAAUACUGGCGUUACUCCAUCAAUGAAAAUGGGAUCGAAGAUGUACCAGCGAUGAUAGAAAAAAUUCACGAAGUGAAAACGUCAGAAUUAAAGUCUCUUUCAGAGCGUGAUACCACCGAAGAAGCAAACACCGAGCAACCUUAUAAACUCUGUGCCAUCUGUCACAGCUUAGGUGGAGCUGCAAUUCUCAUGUACGUCAUAACACGCAGAAUUGAACAAAAGCCUCACCGUCUAUCAAGAGUAAUCCUUCUAUCGCCAGCUGGCUUCCAUCAUGACUCGACUUUUGCAUUCACAGCACUUGCACACUUCCUCCUUUGGUUCGCUCCAGUUUUACAGCCUCUCAUCCCCGGUUUCUACAUACCCACAAGGUUUUUCCGCAUGUUGGUGAACAAAUUAGCUCGGGAUUUCCAUAAUUAUCCUGCUGUUGGUGGGGUGGUUCAAACCCUAAUGGGUUACUUAUUGGGUGGUGACAGCUCUAACUGGGUUGGAGUAUUGGGUUUACCCCACUACAACAUGAAUGACAUGCCUGGAGUUUCGUUUGGUAUAGCACUUCAUUUAGCUCAAAUGAAACAUGCACGUAAAUUCAGGAUGUUCGACUAUGGGAGUCCUGCGGCUAACAUGCGAGCGUACGGUUCUCGAGAACCGUUGGAUUUGGGGGAGUAUUAUGGGCUCAUUGAUGUUCCUGUGGAUCUUGUUGCAGGGAGGAAAGACAGGGUGAUCCAUCCCUCAAUGGUGAGGAAACAUUAUAGGUUAAUGAGGGAAGCGGGUGUGGAUGUUUCUUAUAAUGAGUUUGAAUACGCUCAUUUGGAUUUUACGUUUUCGCAUCGUGAAGAACUUUUGGGUUAUGUGAUGUCGCGUUUGCUUCUUGUGGCGCCCAACGCAAAGCCGAAGUCUCUGAGAUUGAAGAAGAAAGAUGGAGAGGUGGUUGCUAAGCAAGAGGCCAUUUCUUGAUCAUGUUUGUUCCGUGAAUGUUGUGUUGUAUAAGAUGUUAGAUGGAUAAUGUAUAUACUUGGUGUCGAGUUCCCGGUUACCCCUUUUAUUAGUGAGGUUGGGUUUGUUAGAUGUGAAUUUUAUAGUGCCAUAUGAAGAUGGUAGUUGGAGAAGUAGAGAACAAGCCCAUGAUAUAUUGUGUGUUACUGGCAAUGUAUUCCCCAGUUUGAUACCAUGGAAUUGUACAUUGGAUGUCUUUUGUCACUUUUAUCAUUAUGUUGGAGCAAUUUUGUUA